AUGGACAAUGCAUCAGCGCUAACAUUCACAAUGACUGCAUAUGCUGUCAUGGAAAACUACAAGCAUUGGAUGUUUAUUGUAUUCCUCCUGCUUUAUCUCAUUAUUAUUAUUUUGAAUGUACUGCUCAUCACUGUCAUACACCAAAACAAAAAGUUGCAACAACCCAUGAAUGUGUUCACGUGUAUGUUAUCCAUUAAUGAAAUAUAUGGCAGUACUGCAUUGCUGCCUACAAUUAUGGGUGUACUCUUAUCCAAGACACAUGAAAUAACUGUCAAGUGGUGUUUGGCUCAGGUCUACUUCCUACACACAUAUGCAAGUGCUGAGUUUUGUAUUUUAGCUGUUAUGGGAUACGACAGAUAUGUUGCCAUCUGUAACCCACUACAUUACCAGAGCGUCAUGUCUAAUUCAAAGAUAGGCAAGCUUGUUGCAUUAGCAGCUGUAUACCCAAUUGUCAUGUUUGGAAGUUUUUAUUCACUAACCGUACAGCUGAGAUUCUGUGGAAAAGUUGUGCCAAAAUUAUACUGUGUGAACAUGGAACUGGUCAAAAAUUCAUGUUCAACUGCGUCAUACAUAAGUAUUGUGGGACUUGUACUUCUCCUGUUUCUUGUUGUGCCUCAGGUACUGAUGAUUGUUUUUUCUUACGUACAAAUUUCAAGAGUAUGUAGGAAAUUGUCGAGAGAAUCUCAACGCAAUGCUCUUAAAACUUGUAUCCCACAUUUAUUAUCGUUGUUAAACUACACCAUUGGUUCCUUAUUUGAAAUUAUCCAAACUAGAUUUAACACUAGUCAUAUAGCUUUUGAAGCACGGAUCUUCCUGUCAUUAUACUUUGUUAUCCUUCCACCGAUUGCCAACCCAGUGCUGUAUGGACUCGGUACUCAAUUAGUUAGAGUUCAUUUACUGAAAUUGUUCAGAUAUAAGAUCCUGCCAACACUGUUUACAAAGUCAGUGAAUGCACCUUAG